AUGGCCUCGCCAGCCGUCGCGCUGCCGAAUGGCGUCCCCGACGAGGAGCCUGCGCAUUCGCAGCCGCGCGACGAUGUCGAAAUGGCCGAUGCGCAGUCCACAACCUCCAUCAAGCGCAAACGCGAGCCAAGCAUUAAUGGCAUCGCCCACGAUGUUCAGCUCCAAUCCACUGCAAACGGCGAUUCGCAAUCUCACGAAUUCCAACAGGCUCUUAUUCGUGACUACCUUGUCGUCCUUGAGCCCUUUGAUGCCACUCCAUCGUUACUGAAGCGUCCGCUUCCCGACCCAGAGGAUUCGGAUGAGCCAUCAGCAAAGCGCAACAAGUCCGAAGAUGGUUCGACGCAACCAUCAGUCACCGACAAGGCCGCCAAGGGUGAGUAUGCUGACCUGUCGGCUGUCAUGUUAGAUAUCAAGGCCUCGGUGAAGGACCAGUUGGAUCAAUUGCGCAACCUUGAUGCCGACAAGGUGACCAAGGACACCGAUAUAGCCCUCGCCAAAACCAUCGCCUUUGAUCGAAAGGCGCGCGAGCUCUUUCGCCGUGAGAUAAGCUAUCCUAGCACAACGCAGAAUCCCUCGAUCCUCCGAGAAUUUGACCCGUCCAGUGACCUGCAGUCAAACGCAACUGGAAAUGUGGUAAUGAGAAUCUUCGGCGAAGCCCCGCGACCCCGUCACUUGUACACGAGUUUGCAGCAACCAGUCAAAACUCCAGACAAUCCUCUUGGGGCAGUACAACCCCUCCGCGAGAGCAACUUGCCGAUUGGUGUCAAGACGGCCAAGGCCGUUCCCUUCUCGUUCCCGUCAGCCGUUGAGAAAGACAAGAGGUCAAAAACCUUGGGCGAGCUGUUUCCAGCUCCACGAAGCCUCCCGACUCUGCAACCGCCCAAGGCACCCAAAAGUACCACCAAGGGCGUUCAAGUGGGCUGGCAUCGCCCUGAGCUGACUGAGAAGUCCAAGUACCGCACUGGCUCGUACUCUGGCCAAUCUAUAUCCACCGGCCGCUGGCUGGACUACAGCAAUGCCGCUCCGCCGUCGCAGAUUCUUACCAAGCAGAGGGAGAGAGCAAUGAGCCUCGCUGGCAUUGGCAAACAGCCCCCCUCUCACCCCGAGAGCAGCGAGAUGGACGCUUUGUUCCGUGGCGCCUUCUCGAGUUUUGCUCCGUCCAAGGAUGACUCGGCUGCCAUGGUCUCUUCUGGCCUGAUCAGCCAGACCAUGUGGUGGCAGAAAUACGGAAAGCGCAGUUUUGAUCGCCUCAUCGAAAAUGAAUCUGGCGAAGAGACUGGGGAGGAUGAGACCAAUGGAAGUCCCCAUGUUGAACUGGACGAGAAGCUUCUGCAAGAAGCCAUUGAGAACUGGGAUACCAACAUUGACCCCAGUCUGGAAGAGAUGUGCAACCCGAAAAAGUCCAAGGAAGAGCAAGACGUGGACGACAUCUUGCAAGAUGUGUCCGACAUGAUCCAGACUCUUGUCUCGUUCCAAAAGAUCCGUAACCUUACCCUGCCUUCUGCGGCAAACCAAAGUCGAUAUGCCACGGAUCCGACAAGCAAUGACAUGCUCAACAAUGGCACUCCGGCGCAGCCAAGUGAGGACGAAACUGCAACUUACGACGCCUUGAAAGCACAACUUGCGCUUAUUGUCGCAACGCUGCCACCAUAUGCUGUAGCACGUCUUAACUCAGACAAGCUGGAAGAGUUGAGCAUCAGUACCAGGCUUGAGGUGCGCACCGAUGAAUACCAGGGCACGAUGGAGGAGGAUGAGGCAGCUGCGCGAGCAAGGGCCGCUCAACAACCUUCUCCCGCUCCUCGUCCCGCAGUUCAUCGUUCUUCGAGCUCCACCAACAACGCGACAUAUGGCGGCUCAUACGGAUCGACCCCGCGACCGGCUGUGCCGAGUCCAGCUUACUAUGGCACACAGACUCCGAUCCGGCCCCCAGCAAACGUUGCGCGCCCACCACCCAACAUGCCCCCAUACACCCAGCAACGGCCUCCCUCGAACGCAGGUUACAGACCUACCAAUGGCUAUGGCGCAAACACAAAUUACGCACAGAACAUGGGUAGAACUCCUCAGUCAUUCCCGCCUCCGCCGAACUCAUUUGCUGCCACUCCUCCGCCCAACCGAACACAGUACCAGCCAAGCCCCCAAUACCAAAACAUGGGUGGCCACCCUCCGCCCCCGCGCUACGCCAACCAGCCGCCGCCUGGUCAAGUACCAGCUUACCAACAACCUGGUUACCCUCAGCAGCAACAGCCUGGCACCCCUCAACCGCAGUUCAAUCAGUAUACUCCUAAUGGUGCGCCCGGUAUGCCUCCAAGACCAGCAGUAUCCCCACAGGUAGCUCACCAACAGCCCCAGUUCGCCCCGCAUCAAAAUUUCAAUCCUAAUACCACGCCGUCGAGGGCCUCGUACGGCGGUCCGCCACCCGUAACCAUGAACGCACGGCAGCACUACUACCCUCCGACGGGUGCACCCCAGGCGCCAGCACCGCAGCCGCCUCCUCCGCCCGGCCAAGGACAACAGAAUGCUCAACAAACAUUGGCAUUCCAAACCUCUCUCCAUCCCCAUCAGGUUGAACAAGCAAUGAAUCAAGCUAAAGCCCGUUUUAAUGCAACACCUAAAGCACCAGAGACUGCCCGACCCCCCUCAGCGCAAGGGCAACCUGUUGCUGCCCCUGUUGGGCUUGGAGGUAUUGGACUUGGAGGAGCCCGCCCACCCGUGCCGGGAGCAGUGAAUUACAACACACCUAGCCCUAGUCCCAAGCCGCAGGUUAACUCGCCGGCAUUAUCGCAGAUUCCUGCAGCUAAUGGCACGCCUGUCUCGGCCAAUGAAACACCGGUAGACGCACAAAAGCAAGCAUAG